AUGGCUGAGGGCGAGCGCGCUGGCGGAGUACAUAGCGACCUGGAGAAGGAAUUAACGUGCUCGAUCUGUACCGACCUUCUCUACCAGCCGUUGACGCUUCUUGAUUGCCUUCACACCUUUUGCGGCGCAUGCUUGAAGGAAUGGUUCGCCUUCCAGGCCUCUACCGCCACAUCGAUACACCCAUACACCUGCCCGUCAUGCCGCGCCUCGGUGCGCACCACACAGCCCAAUGCGACCGUCACCACCCUCCUCGACAUCUUCAUAAAAGCCAAUCCGGAAAGAGGCAAGACCGAUGAAGAGAAACAGGCGGAUCGGAAUAAAUACAAGCCUGGGGACAAUGUGCUUCCCAAGCUCAGGCGACGAGACGAGCGUGAUGACGUAGAUCAGCGCAUGUUGGACGAGGCCCAGCAGCUGAGCUUGAGAGAUGCGGGCAUAUCAGGCGGCAAUAACAACAACCUGCGACCAUCUCGGGAGCGGAGGAGGAGAGAAAGAAGCCGCGCUACUAGCACCGACUCGCGUGCAAGUCGAGACACAAGACAUCCAACCAGCCGGAACCCUUCAGCUGCAUCUGCAAGACCGCCUAGGGCUGUCGAGCACCAGUCGAGUUUGCGCUCGUUGCUGAGCUCAUCCGAUCUUGAUGCCGAUGAGGUGGACGAGGACCUUGUACGUCAGGUGCUAGAGGAGCUUGUAUCAGAGGGAUUUGAUUUGAACCAGAUUGGUACCGCACAGGAGGAGGAAAUCACAGAGAGGAUUGCUGAAGCAGUGCGACGACGACAGGCAGACAGGCAGGCUGAGCGACAACGUGAACGAAGACAAAGGAGAGAACGCCUAGCAAGAGAUGGUCUCACCAGCACAUCAUCCCCACUUGUUCCUCAGCCCUUGCGCAGUCCUCAUCUACGGGAGGAAGAUGUACAGCGAAGGAGACACCAUGGCCGGUCGGAAAGCGGAUCGUCAAUUCCACAAUCUACUUUACGACCUCCGAUAUCACGACCAGGCUUAAUUGAUGCUGCCAACCGCGGUGGGCGGACACCACGACAGAGAUCAUCAAGCCAAGGCAGUUCCCGCUCUGCCACAAGAAUCGAACGGCCGAGUGCAAACUCGGCCAUUGGGAACUCGCAAAAUAACAGCAGCAGUGAACGGGUAUCGGCAUCAGAGACGGCAGCUCCAGCACGUCGGCGCCAGUCGGACAAUCAACAACGAAGCCGACUUGAUGCCCGCCAACAAUUCCGCGACAGUGUGCAAUCCAGCGCGAGCUCGAAUCCUAGUUCGCCUCAGGUGCCGGAUUUCAACAUACCAGGUCGUGGUAGUCCGACUAGCUCUCUAGCUACUGUAGGAACUACCGCCGUACCCGCUUCUUCAUCAACGCCUGCGGCCACGCCUCUCCAUCCCCCAACAUCACGUCGUACAACCGAUCCCGCUCGUGUUACACUGCCACGUGCUUCAAACAGUAAUACUCCACCAACGGCUUCACCCCCAAUCUCUCGCUCCACCACAGAUUUGACUGUUCCACUGCCUCGGUCUAGGCAAACUUCGGCCGCUUCUUCAAUUGCGCCCAUGUUCUAUAACGAGCCCAACAUUACGUGUCAGCGCUGUAACAAGAGUGACAUUCAAUACGAACUACACUACAACUGUAGUCGCUGCGAUGGGGGCGAGUAUAACAUCUGUGUCCGCUGCUACCGCCUCGGCAAAGGCUGUAAGCAUUGGUUUGGGUUUGGCUGGACAGCAUGGCCUCGUUAUGAGCGAGAAGCACCCGAAGGAGGCUAUCCACCCAACCACGAGCACCCUCACAUCCUAAUCGGACGUCGAUAUCGGCGGCCCAUGACACCACUCACAGAAUCCAGCACCCCGCCGCAUGUCCUCAUGAGCGAAGACGACCCGAAGCAGCGAGUGGAACUCGGCGUCUUCUGCGAAAACUGCAAAGCCUACGCCAACGCCUGCUACUGGAAAUGCGACUACUGCAACGAAGGCGACUGGGGCUACUGCAACGACUGCGUGAACCAAGGCCGACACUGUACACACCCCCUCGUUCCCGUCGCAAAGAAAGCUCGAGACCCGCAAUCCUCAACCACGGACGCCACUCCCUCUACUCCUUCAACCCCCCAUCUCGAAUCUUCACAUCUAGCACCGCCCUCCUCAGAUAACCCGGAAAUACCAACCCCCCUCGCCGCCCCCCUAACCCCCAAAUCCGCCUCCUUAGCUCGCGGCCCCGGCUACUUCACAAUCGCAAACUCCAUCUUCCGCCCCCUAACCUUCACCACGCUCUGCAACGUCUGCCGCUACCCCAUCGCGCCCUCAACCACACGCUUCCACUGCCUCAAAUGCAACGCUGGCGACUACGACAUCUGCACGAGCUGCUACCACAAACUUGGCGUCAGCGGCCGCAUCCCCAAAGAAGACGGCGUCUCCGGUUGGCGCAAGUGUCUGCGCUCCCACCGCAUGUACGUUGUCGGGUUUGAAGAUCGCGACGGGGCGCAACGACGCAUUGUGGUGAAAGAUCUCGUAGGCGGUUACGCGAUGAAGGAGGAGGAUAUGGCCCGGGUUAUGCGUGUGCCGCCGGAUGGAGGGUUGGGACUACGGUUGCUGGCGCGCUGGGCGUAUUGGCCGGAUGAGGGGGUCGAUGAUGAGUUGGCGUUUCCCCGUGGGGCGGAGAUUAGAGAAGCGGCGGAUAUUAAUGGGGAUUGGUACUGGGGCGUUUAUUGUGGGGUCGGAAAGUUGUUUCCUGCUAAUCAUGUUGUGCCCGUUUAA